ACCUCUAAUGAUAGUGAAAUUCAAAUAAUACAGAGAAUGCAUUGCUAGAUAAUCAACCGAGAUUUGCAAUCAUUCUAUCGGGCGUUGUUAUCUGCAGCAUAGCAUUCCCUCCGACCUCGACCUAUAACAGAAACGAUCAUCCGAGCAAACCAAAAACUAACGAAAAUGAGUUAUAUACGGCGCAUGACACCGAUGGACAUGUUUUCCUUGAACCUGACCAAUCUCGACGCUCUUACCGAAAACUAUGACCUGGGAUUUUACCUGAAUUACCUAAUGCGCUGGCCGUCGCUAUUCAGCGUCGUUCAAGACCGAGAUGCGGGCAUCGUGGGCUACAUUAUGGGGAAAUUAGAGGAACAACCGGCGGCAAUGCGGAAUUCGGAGCAUUACACACCUUGGCAUGGUCAUAUAACAGUAUUAACUGUUGCGCCGGCAUGGAGAAGACUGGGAUAUGCGACACGGUUGACAGAGAGUUUGGAGCAUUCGUCUGAUAUCAAUGACGCGUGGUUUGUGGAUUUGUAUGUUCGAGCGACGAAUCGAGUAGCGGUGGAUAUGUAUAAGGGCAUGGGGUACUCUGUCUUCCGACGAGUUGUGAAUUACUACCAAGACGAUCCCACCGGAAUGUCCGAUCAAGGCGAAGAUGCGUUCGAUAUGCGCAAACCUUGUAGUAGGGAUAAAGAUCUUAUACACGUUCGAGAAGAUGGUGAGAACUUUUUGGUGAAUCCGGAGGAUGUCUAUUGAUACGUAGGUAUCACGUUCAUGAUAUAAAGAGGAGAUGAAAACAUUGCAUAUAUAGAUUCAUCUGGCAGGCGUAUGGGAUAACUGAUUUACGAGGUUCUAUGGUGGAUAUUGUACGUAUACAUUUACUGGUGUCGAGGAAUUCAAGAGGCAAGUGUCUUCAUG